AUGCCUCCGUCACACUAUGAGAACCGUGUUGUGGACUGCCAAGCUAAUGUAGACUUUGGUAAAGUCGCUGGCAAGACAGUUGUCCUCACUGGAGGUAGCAGUGGCUUGGGUCUAGCUUACAUACAGGCUCUUGUUAAGGCCGGUGCGUUCGUUGUAAAUGGCGAUAUCCAGCCUCCACGAGAACACCUUUCCACAGAUCGGGCCGUAUUCGUAAAGUGCGACGUGACCAACUGGGAGGAGCAGGUCAACGUCUUCAAGGUUGCAAGGGAGAAGGCGCCCAACGGAAGAAUCGACGUCGUUAUUGCCAAUGCAGGCAUAUACGGCCCCGAUGCACUCGAUGGUCUUGAUGACCCUGAGCCAAAGAAGCCCGCCACAAAGCUCCUUGACGUGAACCUCAUUGGAGUGAUCUACACCUCCAAGCUGGCUGGAUGGUACUUCCACCAUCAAGACGAGGGUGACUGCUGCCUCAUCUUGAUCUCCAGCAUCAUGGGCUAUAUCGAUACUCAGGGCUCAUCCGUGUAUUCGGCCGCCAAGCAUGGCGUCAGGGGGCUCAUGGCCUGUCUCCGGCGCAAAGGCCUCGUGCGAGUCAACAGUGUUGCUCCAUGGUUUAUCGCGACUCCGAUCCUACCAGAGAGCUUCAUCAAGUCAACCGGGGGUCAAUUCGAGGCCAUGGGUGUUGACUUUGCCACUGAAGACGACGCCGUGACGGCUGUUGUCCGGCUCAUGACCGACACGUCAAUCAAUGGAAGGAAUUUAGGCAUUGUCCCUCGACAACUGUCACUAUCUGGUUACCUGGACCUCGAGCGCGACGAUUUCGACGAGGGGACCCCUUUGAACAAACUUCAGACUGUGGCAAGUUCCUUGGUUUACGGAGAAUUUGGUGCCUCAUCUACAUGA